CUCCUUGUUUUGGUAAACCACUUUUGGUUGCCAUUUCACCAAAAGUCUUCGCUUCUAAAACCUACUUGACUUAACUCCUCUUUUUAUUCAAAGAGUUUCCAAAGGGGACGAAAUUGUAACGAAUUAAAGUUUCGUCAAGUAAAUGAAGAGGUCUCCUUCUAGUUCUUGUUCUUCUUCUUCUUCAAGUUCUGAUGUUGUUCUUCCUGAUCAUCAUCAAUCAGUUAAACCAAAGAUCAAGCGGCCGAGAAAAAACCAAACAAAAGAGAAAUGCCAGACUACUCCAAACUUAUCAGGAAGACGAAGCUCCAUUUAUAGAGGAGUCACCAGGCAUAGAUGGACGGGGAGGUUUGAAGCUCAUCUCUGGGACAAGAGUUCGUGGAACAACAUUCAGAACAAGAAGGGGCGACAAGUUUAUUUGGGAGCUUAUGAUUGUGAAGAAACUGCGGCUAGAACUUAUGAUCUUGCUGCUUUGAAGUAUUGGGGACCAGAAACGACAUUGAAUUUUGCUAUAGAGACGUACAAAAAGGAGCUCGAAGAAAUGCAGAAGGUAUCCAAGGAAGAAUACUUGGCCUCUCUACGACGACGUAGCAGCGGCUUCUCUAGAGGAGUUUCUAAAUACCGCGGCGUGGCCAGGCAUCACCAUAAUGGACGCUGGGAAGCUCGAAUCGGAAGAGUUUUUGGAAAUAAAUAUUUGUACCUCGGAACUUAUAAUACACAAGAGGAAGCCGCUGCAGCUUAUGAUAUGGCAGCCAUUGAAUACCGAGGCGCAAAUGCAGUAACCAACUUUGACAUUAGUCAUUACCUUGAUCGCUUAAAGAAGAAAGGCAUCUUCCCUCAUCAAUCCUCCACCGACCAAUUCGAAGAAACCGAAGCUGAACCGGAGGUUGAACAACCACAACUCCCGGAACAACAACCACCAGAACAACAACAACCAGAACAAAAACAACAUGAACAACAACAACCGCAACAACAAGUCGUCGACGCCAAUGCCGACGCAGAUGCCAUUGUUUCGCCGCAAGUAGUCUUAAUUGACCAUCAACAUCAUGAAUACAUGGACACAACCGAGGAUAUUCAUGAGCUCACUUGGAGUUUCGGACUAGACAAUCCGGGACUAAGCCCACUUCCGGUUCCCGAUUUCCUACUCGGAAAUGGCGCCUGCGAUCUCCUCCCCGACAUAUUCGAUUACACUGGAUUUGAGGACGACAUAGACUUCAUGUUCAACGAGAUGAACAAUAUGAACAACAACAACGAGGCGACAAACAUCAUGGAAUGUGUGUUGGUUGAGGGGAACAUGGAGGAUAAUAGCAUUGAGGCAGCUGAGAAAGUUAGGUUACUGUCUUCGUCCUCGUCGUCAUCUUCCUUAUCAAGUUCGUCGCCAUUGUCUUCUUCAACAAUAACCUCGGUUUCUUAUACACAAGGGGAAGCCGCUGCAGCUUAUGAUAUGGCAGCCAUUGAAUACCGAGGCGCAAAUGCUGAAACGGAGGUCGAACAACCACAACCCCCGGAACAACAACAAGACGUCGACGCCAUUGCCGACGCCGACGCCAUUGUUUCGUCGCCAGUAGUCUUAAUUGACCAUCAACAUCAUGAAUACGAGGAUAUUCAUGAGCUCACUUGGAGUUUUUGUCUAGACAAUCCGGGACUAAGGUCGCUUCCGGUUCCCGAUUUCUCACUCAGAAAUGGCGCCUACGAUCUCCUCCCCGACAUAUUUGAUGAAACCGGAUUCGAUGAGGACAUAGACUUCAUGUUCAACGAGAUAAACAACAUGAACAACAGCAACGAGGCAACAAACAUCAUGGACUGUGUUGGUUGAUGGGAACAUGGAGGAUAAUAGCGUUGAGACAGCUGAGAAAGUUAGGUUACUGUCGUCGUCUUCGUUAUCAAGUUCGUGGCCAUCAUCUAAUUCAACAACAACCUCGGUUUC